AUGCCCGGUAUCGGCGUCGUAGAUGAUAUCCGCCUUGAUCUCCCCCAUCGUUUCAUGCAGGCUCUCCAGGCCGUACUGAUAUUUCGCCUCCAACACCUUAUACAGCUGCAUAUCCCAAUACACCCGCCAGGAAUCCAUAUCCUGAAACCCGCUUGUUUCGAUCUUUUCGCGUAUCGCGAGCACCUUGCUGAACCAUCGUUGCCAGGAUUGGUGCAAGUCGAUGUGAAAGAGCUCGGCGACGGAAAGUUGGAUUUCGUGGUGGAGUUUGUGCAGUCGACGGUUGGCAUCUGUCAGGAGAUGCGAGGCAACGCGGAGCUUGCGAAUGUAUUUAUCCGUUUCCUCCUUACCUUUCCACGUGAGCUGGUUGCUGCCGCUCGCGGUGAUCGCCUUCUCAAAACUCACCGCGGGUUUCAAAAGCAUCGCCUGGGUGCUCGGGAUGAUAUCCUCCGUCAUGCCAUUGUAAGUGUUCGCGAUCUGCUUCAACAAAAGGCCUUUGGAGUAAUACUGGAGGCCUUUCUUCGCGAUCUGUUGCACGCGCUCGGGAACGCGGUAAUUAAGCGAGGUGAAGAUGCGCACUUCCUUAAUCAGCUGCACCAAACGCUCCGAAUAGUUCACCUCCACCUUCCCUUCCUCGUUAAUCCCGAUAAGAGGAGCGUCGGCAUCGAGGGUGAGGGUGCGGCUCUGAUCCUCCACAUCGCGAACCCAAUCACGAUACACCUCCUGCGUAUAAUCCUCAAUCUCCUCGAGAAGGUUUCGCGCGGAUUCCUCGAAAUCCUUCGUGCUGCGAAGAUCCGAAAGAAUGGAGGAGCUGGUUUUGAGCAUUUCCUCCACGCGAUGUCGGAGCUGCCGCAGCCAGAUCACGUUAUUCACCACACCCGGCAUGAAACGUCCGGUCUGACAGCGCCGAUCCUCAUCCUCGAGGAUCGUUUCAUCCUCUGCCCCUCCUGA